AUGCCCUCAGUCUCCCGCCUUGGGGACAAACUCGACAGAGUGCGCCGACAUUUCGGUGACAGUCUAAGCCCUGACGAUGCCUACUUGAGUUACUUUGAUAUCCGGUUACUUCGAGAAGAUGUCGACUCUAUCAAACAUGACUGGCUAACAGACAACGCAAUCGCAUUCUGGGAAGAAUACCUCGAACGCGAAGAGCUGUCCCAAUUCCCCAAAGCCCAGAUCGUGCUCCUACGCCCAAGCAUGUCCUUCAUGCUAAUGAACACACCCGACCCGCUCACUCUCCGCGAAGCGCUCCCCAAUUUCUCGCGAACGACGCACAUCUUCCUGCCGGUCAACGACAACCGCGACGUGUCGCGCGCAGAGGGCGGAUCGCACUGGUCGCUGCUGCUCGUCAGCGUGAUCGACGGCGUGUCGUUCCACUACGACAGCCUUGCGCCGGCGAACGACGCCGAGGCGCGCUCGACGAGCCAGAAGCUGGAGAUUCUGCUGGGCAAGCGGCUGCGGUUCAUACACCUCGAGGAUGCGCCGCAGCAGGAGAACGGGAGCGAUUGCGGCGUGUUUGUGUGUUUGCUGAUGAAGCAUCUGCUGCUGAAGAGGCUGCUCCGCGCGGACGCGAGCAAGAAGAUUAGUAUGAGUAUGCGGGAUCAGCAUGUCAAUGCGUACGACGGCCGGAAGGCGAUGUUGAGGAUCAUCGAGGAGAAGAGGAAGGAAGGGGAGCGGAGAAGAUCGUGA